AUGAAACUUUUGGAUGUUUCGAAGGAAUCACAGUGGUACUACGUAUGCGUCGAAUUCGAAAGUUUCAAUCGCUUCAACGAGACGAUCAGCACCUCGUGUAGGAUGUACCGAACCCUGGACAAAUUUGGCAAGACCGCUGACUCCAUCAUCAAUGACGUACAGCUUGCCCAUGCGAGCGACUCGACAAUGGAGUUCCACCUGACUGUAAUGCCGAGUUUCCCAUUGAGGCUUACUGCUUACUUAUCUUUGAAUGUUGUGCCGGCCGUGACCUACAUUAUCAAGUCUAGUCCUGAUCAUCAGGUAGUGAAGCUGAUGUUCAGCUUCUUGGAAGCGAACGUUAACUACGGGCGCCUGUGCUUCAUCGAGGAACCGCUGGGCACACGGUACACGGCGAUGGGCAGACUGAUCAAGUCCAGUCUCGAAAACUGUCACUUUGAGCACCUCAGGACAAAGGUUAAGGCGGUUCCUGAGUUACCGCCCUCUAAGGCAUCGCUUCAGCAGAGAAUCGCGAUGUCUUUCAAAAGCAACCAUGCCGUGUCGGGUCAGCAGCUCCAUUGGUUGCUGCAGCUUAUUCUGACGCUUUCCGUUGUACUCGUGUGUUCCUGA